CGCCAAUCGUUGCCUUUCCGCCUUUUUACUCGGCUGUGUCGACGCCAUCUUUGCAGUGUGCGAUUUACUCAAUUUAUAGCGAAUUGCGAUUGUUGAAUAAGGAAUUUGCAAGUUGCUGGCGUCGCAAGUUACGACCCUGCGUCUACCUCAUCUAAAUUGCCAGCACAAAAAUGUCGAGAUAUCGCGAGUGGGACUUGACUUGCAAGGUUUAUGUGGGAAACCUUGGAUCUUCUGCAAGCAAGCAUGAGAUUGAGAGUGCCUUUAGUAAGUAUGGGCCACUGAGAAAUGUAUGGGUGGCGCGCAACCCGCCAGGCUUUGCAUUUGUUGAGUUCGAAGAUCCUAGAGAUGCUGAAGACGCAGUUAGAGGCGUGGAUGGGACAAGAUGCUGUGGAACUAGAGUACGUGUAGAGAUGUCCAACGGUCGUUCACGACGUGGAGGUGGUGGAGGAGGCGGCGGAGGUGGUGGCGGUGGCGGCGGUGGAGGAGGCAGUGGUCGCCGCGGACCGCCCAGAUAUUCCAGGACAGCACCGCUGCUGUUGUUUACUACUACUACUUCUCCCCCCGAUUGAGCCCCAAUCUUCCCUCCUGCCUGGCCACACAUCUCAUCUUUAUAAAAAAACAUCGAACCACCACACCACUACUGCUACAGUACAACAGUACAACAUCCGCAAUCGCAUUCGCGGCCGGCAAUCGUGUGCAUCUCCCCCCGACCGGCGGCGCAACGGUUGCAACCCGUCGCCACAUGCCAUCUCGACUCGCCCGCCCAAAUUCGGCGCCCUCGCACACCGCCCUUCUCAGUACAGAAAACGCAAGCGUCGCCUCAGCCGCCUCUAUUAACCAACCAACCAUCCGACAAUCAAUUCAAUCGCAAUGCGCACACGAUGGAUCGACUCGUCGCUCAGCACGACUCGAUUCAUUUUUGGUACAAAUCAUUGGGGUUGGUAAAUCAGAAACAACGCGGCAUGCAAGUCGAGAGCGAAUGUGCGAGUGCAAGAGCUGAAUGACUGAUCUCUAGAGAAAGAGAGUAAAAACACACUUUAAAUUAAAUCACAGUGUUCAAUAAUAAUUUAAACUAAUUAAUCCGCAUAGAAAACGAGUGAACCGCAAUCGAGUUCAUUCCUCUUUUGUUUUCGUUUAUGUUUUUUUGUCAACACUCGCCGGGCAAUUCAAAUUUCGAACAUAUUUGAGUAUGGUAAUCGAUUUGAAUCGUCAGCCUGUGUUACCGCAUCGUCAGCAGGUGCUUCCACUUGACGCGCAAUCGUUUUUGUUCGUAGGUCUCGUUCGCCGCGACGCUCCCGCUCGAGGUCACCGAGGUCACGCAGUCGCGACCGCCGCAGCCGGUCCGACUCCAGGGAUCGUCGUUAAAAAUGCCUGCCGAAGACGGCACGUAUCUUUUAUCACACGUCCACGCAUACAUGCAUACACCCUAAAACACUUACACAUAUAUCUCAUUUGAUCAACCACUCUACUGCAGCGAACAGAAAACUGAUUCAAUGACGGCAUUAUUUCAGACUUUAACAUUAUAUAAUUUUUAUUUCGAGUGUUUCUUGAGAUGCAAAACAUUUGUAUUACCGUGUCUUAUUGUUAAAUAGGGAUAUAGAUUUUAGUUAUUACGCAAGGAUGAGAAGAAGAAAAAUAAUAAUUGUAGCGAUUUAGGAGGCGAGUCAAACGAAGAAGUAGACCAUGCGAGGUUGAAGUCGAAGCUAACGAAUAGCAGGUAUUCAUUUACUGAUUGAUAAUAAGUCAAGAGAGAGAGAGAGUUGCAAAAACUAGCAUUGAUUUUUGAAGUGAAAUUUAUGUACGAUAUGAUUUCGUUUUAUUACUUUACACAUUUGAUAGUCGACAAAAUGGAGGAUUUUUAAAUAAAAUACAAAUUACGUACAAAGCAA